AUCGCUCAUCGGAAGUAGCGAGAACGGGAUGGUCUAUCGUUGAUCGUAGAGYUUCCAAGUUUUUUUGGGACAUUCUUUAAACAGAAUGAAAAUAUUUUUAGGGCUCCUAGCCCUGGGGAUCUUGGUCGCUUUUGGAUCGGCAAAGCCUUCGAUAAGGAAAGAAUCGGCUUACUCCAGUGACUCCGACAGGACCCUUAUUCGAGUUCUUCGUUCGGACUUGGAAAAUGAGGAGCCAGUUGAACAUCACAAGAAAAACAAUAAUAAGAAGAGAUCAACGGAGGAGAAUUUAAAGAGAUCAAGAAGAGCCCAUGAGGAAGAUGAGUUCUUCCAGGCUCUUCUCUCAAGAUCUGCUAACACAAAGAAUGAGCAAAAGAGAUCAUUUGAUGAUAAUGGAGCCGAUAAUAAAGGGUAUAUCAUUCGUGACGAUUGGAAGGGGGAUUCCAAGAUAUCUGAUGCGGACAGGGCAGAAUUAGAGAAUCUAUUCAGCGCCAUCAAUGCUCCUGAAGAAACAAAACCCAAGGUCCAAGAAACAAGAAGCAUUAAAGAUCACGACGAAAAGAUGUACGACUUCGUCCAAUGGCUGGUUAGCCAAUCACCAUCUAAGUUCACCAAAUCUCUUUCGCGCAUCGUGGACUUGGAAACUUCGCUCUCCAACAUGAUCUAUAACAGUGAUUUCGUGAACAAGCUCAAAGCUCAGAAAGCUGCAAUGUUAUCAGAUAGCGUUUCUCACAACUCUACUGCCAAGAAUAAGUCGUCUGAAACCAAGGAACUGGACAUGCCAUUAGACGAUAAGGCAGCUAAGGAAAAGUUCUGCAAAACAAGGUGCUACGACAUCAACGUAGCCGGUAUCAACUGCCGUAUCAUCUGCCAUCCACCCCAUAUCGAUACUACCGGGGGUUUACAAAUGAUGCACCAAAUGCCGUAUCAACCCUGCACCAAUCCACAGUGUGGUAUGGGAGCUGGGCAAACGCCUUGUAGCCCACCUGGAUGCUAUCCCGGAGGAUAUGGUCAAACUGCCGGGUACCCCGGUAUGGCCGGGUAUCCAGCCCCAUAUGGCGGGGUCGUCCCACCUCAGACUGUCUACAAGCCACACCCAGCGACGAUGCACGCUCAUGGUAGCCAUCAUAGUCAUGGGAAACCUAAACUCAAGAAGCUCAAAAAGGGCAAAGCUGCCAAGGGUAAAAAGAAGAAGGGAGGCAAGAAUGUCCACGAUAAACACCCGGCACUUUCCAAACAGCACGAUGAUUCGUCGAAUKCUACAGAUUCUUCGUCGUCUGAGUCUACAGCAGCAGAAACACCGGACAUACCAUCAACUGAAGAAAUAGACUCAGAAUACGAAUACGAGGGACCUGGUGCCGAGAACGAAGUCGAUUAUGAGCAUCCUCACUGGAUUCAUCACCAGUCGUCAUUUAAAGAAGGAAUAGCUGGAACUGGUGGAGAAGAAGGGCUGGGAGGUGGUGGAGGAGGCGGAGGAGGAGGCGGAGGAGGAGGAGGUGGAGGUAAUGUCGGACCUGGAGUUAACGUCAAAUCUGGCAAAGGCAAACCUGCGUAUGGUCCAGUGACACUGAAUACCCUUGGUGCAACAGUACACAUAACCCCAAUGAGUUUCAGCUCCCCUGGAGGUCCCGUUAUGAAUCCCGCAGGGAUCGGCAUUGGGCCCCCUCAGCCUAACAUGGCAAUGGCACCACUCUUACCUCAAGUACCCCAUUCUGGGUACCCUCAACAAUCUGGGUACGCAUUGCAACCUAUCUAUCCGCCAAAGCAAGAUGAACCAAAGGACAAGGAGAAGGAUAUGGCUAAGGCCACUGGCCGCUCAUUUAAACCAAUGCCUAGCGACUGCUCGGAUUAUGCUACAGAGAGAUGCCGAGUUUUCCUCGACUGGCCAACAGACGAGAACAACGAAAUCAAGGCUUCUCUGAGAUUCAAGCAAAACUGGCACCCAGACUACCGCAACAAGAACUCAGCCAAGUACAAGAUUUUUAAAGCUGAGAUCGAGAAAGCACUUUAUGAUGCUUACACACAAGAUCCUAACUUCUCCAAGGCAACAGUCACAAGCUUCAGCGAAGAGGAUAUGAAAACAGCAGCAAAUUUCAAGCUGCAGUUCAUCCAGGCUGAGAAUGGCGCCCUCAGAUAUCUAUCUCGUGCCAUUUCCAACAACUAUCUUCAGGCCAUGCCAGUCUUCAGUUCUACCUUGUUAAGAAAUGGGAUGAAACAUUUCCGUCGUCAGUUCGUCCCAAGGCAAAAAGAACUGGACAAGUUACCUUCAAAGGAGCCAAAGAAACAAGAGAAAACUGUUAAGAAACACAAAAGCAGUGGACUUUUGGAUUCUGAAUCGGAAUCUUACCAAGGCUGCUUUAGAGACAAAAAGCCAGAACGCGAUCUCCCUGUCAGAUUCUCCAAGUUCGCCAUGACACCUGAGUGGUGCGUUGGUCGAUGCAAGUUAGCCGGGUACAAGUUUGCAGGUCUUCAGUAUGCCUAUCUUUGCUUCUGCGGGAACAAGUACGGUAAAUACGGCAUGGUCGAUGACAGCGAAUGCAGCAGCAAAUGUUACGGCGAUAAAUCAAGAUUCUGCGGUUCUUUCUGGCAUAGCUCUGUGUAUUCCAUUGAUGGUCAAAAACAUGACGUCGCCGAGUUCAAGAAUAACAAGGACGACGAUGAAGACGAAGAAGAUGACGGAUCUGCGAAGGAAGACCCAGAAAAGAAGAUAACUGAUGAAGGUCAUGUCGAAGUUGCAACUCAUCUCAUGAAAGCUGCUGAAGCCGCCUUGAAAGCUGCCAAGAAACUAUUACCUCAGGGAAAGAAAGAAAAACGCAUGGCGGAAACAGAAUUGGAGCAAGAGAAAGCUAAGGCCAUCACAGCUUUAGGAGCUGCACAAGACUUGAUGGAAUCCAACGAAAAAGAGUUACAGGUCAAGAAGCGCCAAGCUGAUUUGAAUGAAGGCCGCGAUCUUCUGGUCUCUUAUCUAGGCAACGUUGGUGGAUAUGACAGGCAGUAUCGUGACGUAGAGAGUCAAGAAGAGGGGGCAGAAAAUGAGCGCAAGUUCGAAUACCGUCGAAUGGUGAUCGAUGAGUCAGGAGAUGGAGAAUUCGUCGAGAAGGACGACAGCAAAACCAAAAAACGCCGCAAGCGAACAACCUCUACUAUUGCUGGCGAGUCCAAUGAAGCUAAGAAGAGAAGACGAAGGUCCGUGCUUGAAGAGGAACCCACGGGUAAAAAGAUUGAGAAGAAACACAAAUCACCUGUACCCGAGACUAAGUAUCUUGAAGACACAAAACAAAAGGUGGUAACCGUACCGGAACCAAAGGUUGAGACAAAAACCGCUGACCAGACAAAGGUUGAGACAAAAACCGCUGACCAGCCAAAGGUUGAGGCAAAAACUGCUGUCAAGCAAGAGAAAAAGCCUGUGGUAGCCGAUGUGCCAAAGACAACCCAAAAGGAAGAAAGUGUGGAGGAAAAGAAAGAAAACGACAAGAGUAACAAAGUACGAAAGAGCAGAUCCGUUGACGAAGAAGAAGAAGGAGUGCAGUUGAUAAGAACAAGACGUGAACUGACUGAAAAACCUGUGGAGGAGGAAAAGCAGAAAGAGAAAAGGACAAAUAGGAAGAGAGAUAUCGAACAGGAGAAAGAAAAGACCAAGAAAGACAAGCGUGAUAUCUGGUUGGAUGAUUCUAAAGUCGAUAAAAUGAAGAAUCAUAUUAACCAAGGUAUCAAGUCUUCCAUGGCAAUCAUCCUGGAUAUCUUCAAAGAAAAGAAGACAAUAGAGGCCUUCAGACAAGCAAUUCUAAAGUUGAAGGAAGAUGUUGCGGGGUUGCUCUCUGUUCCCGAGUACCAAAAGUCUGAAGUCAAGGCUAAAAUCAGGGAAAUUAUCGACAAAAAUCUACCUAAAGAAGCUAGUGCAUUCAUCAAGAAGCUUCGACAUAAGAUCGGGGAUUACGGUGCCACACACGUAGUCGUUGCUCCCCAGGCCUCCGAGGCCGAGAAGGCCAUCCUCGACCUUCCUGUCCUCAAAGAAGACGCCAAGAAAGCCAAGAAACAUAUUAGAAAACGAAGCGCUGAGCUAAGCGAAGAGAUCAAGAAAGCAGCUUUUGACAAUCUGCCGAGUAUCUUAAAAGAACACUUUAAAAGAAACACCAAUGAGAAGUCCGCUGACAAAAAGAAACGCAGCCUCAAAUCGCAUUAAUAAAAUGCUAAGGGAUUUUAGAUGUUAUAGUACGAGUACUUUAAUAUAUAAGUACGAUAGGGUGAAUUGGAUUCGAUGCAUGAUUUUUUUUUUGAGAUCUAUAAAACGUUCCGUGGCUAUUGGUUACGGUUACCACGGAUUCGACUAACUCGUAUACUGUUGCUAUGGAUACUAGGGAUCAAUAUAGCAUCUUUGAAGAUAAGUUGAGUUUAGCUUAUAAAAAUCGAUUUUUUUCUAUAAAGGUUUGAAGGGGAGUGAUCCCUAUCCAAAAGCUAAGCUCUCUCAUCUGUGUUGUUAUUAGCAAUUCCAAGUUUGAUGGAAAAGACUGGGUCGAGUUUACAUUGCAGUGCAUUGUGGGGCUGUUUUAGGGGACAUAUUUCCAAGAUGUCGUCUAGUUUCGUCCCCUAAAGCAGUCCCACAAUGCACUGCAAUGCAAACUCGACCCAGUCUUUUCCCUCCGCCUCGGAAGUGCUAAUAGACCAUUGUCACGUGGAAGCCAUGUUAAUUCGAGGCUACAAGAGGAAAAUUCUUUUGAUCCAGGCAACAUGGCUGCCUUGUGAAAACGGUCCACACUAUGACUGCUUGUUCAAUUUGAAUGAGAUCUCUUGGAUCUGUGACGUGUACGAUGAAGUAUCGAAUCAACACUUUCAAAGCUACCAGGGUGAAUCCUAUUAUAAAUAGUAAUAACUAUUAAUAACUAUUAAUACAAGAGCUGCCGUUAUGUAUACAUCGCGGCUUUCGCGAAACAAUUCAAGCUUUAAAAAGCUUUUUAAAAUACAGGCUGCGGAUGGUUUGGACAAUCGGUUCUUUUUCGAWAAGUAAUCGACUUCUCGUCGACACUAAUCGAUAUUUUAUCGCCGGGAAGGGUUUCUUUCUAACAAAAAUUAUCAAGCGUGUGAGCUAUAAUAUGUAUAUCAAGGCAUUUAAAACCACGUGAUAGUGGAAAAUCACGUGACCAGUGGGUUAACAUUUGACAUUAAUUUGAAUAAUUUAAUUCGUUGCGUGCAUUCUACUGCUUUAUGAAAUACCAGAAGACCUAAGUCGAUUUCACGCGAGGCAACAUGUCACGCGGUUUUGACACGUGGUCACGUGGUAGGCACCAAGGGUGUAUUAUAGCUUUUAUCAUAUUUGCAUUAAUUUUAAAAGAUUAGAUUUUCUCACUUGUAAAAUACACGACUCAAACAAAUAUUCAUUGAAAAUAAACURUUMAUUUUUCUUUCCUUA